AUGGGAUCUGUAGAAGCUGAUGAAGAAUCACUCGAUUAUUAUCAUUAUUAUUAUGAUUAUUAUUUCAGUAAUACUAGUAAAACAAACUAUCCACAUGACUCUAUUGUCUGGAUAUAUGCAGCUCCAAUUCUUAUCGUAAUCGGAGUCACUGAAAAUAUUCUAUCAUUAAUUAUACUAUUACGCAAGCAUUUUAAAAACUUACCAAGUCGUUUCACCCUAAUGACAUUAGCUAUUAUUGAUAAUUUAGUAUUAUUUUUUGGUUUAAUACGUUAUUGGAUAAAUGGUGUCUUCGAAACACAUCCGAAUGAAUGGAGUGAAUUAUGGUGUAAGCUAAUGUCUAUGAUUGUUUUCACACUAUCACAUUUAAGUUCAUGUCUUGUAGCCUUGUUAAGUGUUGAAAGAUUCUUUGCUGUUCAUUUACCGUAUCAUAAAUUUAUACCAUCUAUUGAUUGCGCUGGUAGUAUAUUAUUGAUUAUUCUCUGUACAUGUGUUAAUUUAAUACAUUUAAAGUAUACAACACUUGAAGUGAAUCAAAUAUUUCAAAAUAUAAAUUUAACAUUACCUGAACCAGGUCUACAAGCUAAACUGCAUACGUAUAUCUGUGUUAAUCCAAGUACACAGAUUGCAAUCCUUGUUGAUGUAUUUGAUGUACUUAUACUAUUUGGACUGCCAUUUCUUAUCAUAUUAAUAUGCAAUUCAUAUGUUAUAUGGAAGUUAAAAAAACACUCAACAAAAUUAUAUCAAAGUGUAAAUUACUCAAAAACUAUUCAUCCAAUAGUCAGUGAUAACUCAUUAUCUAUUUUAGAUGGUGGCAAUGGACGGCAUAGAUCAUAUUCGAUGAUACCACUUCGAAGGAAUUACAGAACAAAUUCAAACCCUGAAAAUCCAACAACAAUAUUCAGUACACCGAAGAGUUGUCAAAAAGGAUCUACAGGCAAAGCGAAUGUCACGUCUUAUACAACAAAACGUCAUCUACGUAUUACAAAAAUGUUGUUAAUUGUAACAUUCGCCUUUUUGAUUUGCAAUCUACCAUUCGCUAUUAUACAUGUUAUUCGAACAGCGGAUGAGACACGUCGAUCAUAUUCAUGGAAUAAAGCAUGGCUGAUAUCAUACUUAUUAGUAUAUAUAAAUAAUUGUAUGAAUUUUCCAAUAUAUGUUAUAUCACAGCCACCAUUUCGUUCAGCAUUAAAGGAAAUGUUUUGUCGUUAUAGUAAAAGAAAAACUAUGACUCAACAUCAUGCAACUUCCCCUGUGAUUGGUUAG